GUCUGAAACUGAGAUCAAUGGCGAUACCGGAGCUUGUAAACGAUUUGGUAGAUGAGAUACUGUGUCGGGUUCCGGCCACAUCCAUGAAACGGUUACGAAGUACCAGCAAACGAUGGAACCGUUUAUUCAAAGAUGACCGGAGAUUCGUAAGAGAACACUGCGAUAAAGCCGCGAAGGAGUUUCGAGCUCUCAUGUUGACGAAGGAGCUCGGGAUUAGUCCGAUGAGCGUCCGUGGAGAUGUUCCUCCAUUUGUAGAGGUAAAAAGGGCGCUUAGCCUACCAGAUCCAGAUCCGCAUUUUAACAAUUCACGUCAGUUCGAUAUAGCUCAGGUCUCUCACUGCGAUGGCUUAUUGUUAUGCACCCCACGAUACGGAUCUCAAAUCGUGGUUUGGAACCCGUUUACUGGCCAAGCCAGGUGGAUCGAAGCCGAAGGCCACCACUUUGUCCUCGGAUACUCCCAAGACAAGAAGAAAUCUUCCUCCUGCCGUAAGAGCUACAAAGUAUUGAACUUUUCUCGUGGUACUAAUAAUUCGGAAAUUUACGAUUUUGACUCUGAUUCAUGGAGGCUUGUUGAUCAUGAUAUCGCUCCAGGCUGGACCAUUGAUUACUCUAAUUGUCGCAGCGUGUCUUUCAAAGGAAACAUUUAUUGGAUUGCUAAAGAAGGUCAAGGCCGACCCAUAUCCGACCGAACCAUUUACUUGCUCAGAUUUGAUUUUUCAACGGAGAGAUCCCAACGUCUGCCUCUUCCCUAUCAGUCUCGUCUUGAUUACGUAGCCGCCUCUCUAUCCGCUGUUAGAGAAGAUAAGCUUUCCGUGUUAUUUCAGCUCGGUGUAAGAUCCAAGACUGAGAUAUGGGUGACAAAUAAGAUUGAUGAUGACUCCAGCCAAGCAAUUUCUUGGACCAAGCUCUUAGCAUUGGAUGUGAGCUUUGAUCGUCAACUUUCGGAAUUUGGAAGUUUCUUGCUCGACGAGGAGAAGAAAUUUGUCGUGUGGUUUGAGACAUGGCUGAACUUGAAUGUUGAUUUUGGUGUAGACAAGAUAUCCAUGUUUGGGGAGGACAACGACCUCAAAGUAAUUGAUGUUGGCGUAGACAAAGAUAUGGAAUGUUGGCCUGUUAUUUUUAAUUAUGUUCCAAGUCUUUUUCAAGUUGAGCGAGCUCAAAUCAAGCGAGCUGGAUGCAAAAGGAAAAGAGGUGAAUGUUAGUAGUCUAGUAUACUAACCUCACCUAUAUGUUU